UUUCAACGAGAGGGACGUUCCGGCAAAUCCUCAGAUAACGACUUAAAUAUCUUAUUUUCUCAAUUUGAAACAAGAAAAAGUUAUAUAUCGAAAGAAUUUAACAAAAACGGUUCGGGUGAUGUGGCCCUCGCCACUUGUAUUGCUGGCCUUUUUGGCCAGCUUCCCGGCUGGACUUAUCGGACAAGGUGAUGAUUUAACCGAAACGCCUAUUGAUUGUUCAGUCUAUGGGUUAAAGCGCAUGCUCAGAAAUGGAGAACGGAAGGAAAUAGGGCGCAAUCGUAUUUUGUUGCUCGAUUAUUACGACGGCAAUGACCCACGCCAAAUCUUCCUCAAUCCCAGCUCUGGCUGCGAUGGUGUAGACCCGAACUGCAAAGACACUACGUUCUCGUUAGAGAUAACUGACUACUCGGGUUUAGGAUUUAUCACCCUGAGUUCAGAUGGGUUAUAUACAGGGUUUGGAGAUGAUAAAUUCCAACAGAGUAUCCCAUUCAGUCGCCCUGACGAUGAUAUAAGUGUUUCUGAUGACGGUUUCUACCACGUCAUAAAUGGCAUAGGAGAUUUUAAAAUCUAUUGCCAGAAGAGUACUGGGUACAUCAAGAUCGAAGGGCGUAUACAGCAACGGGGAUUUUUACCAGCUCCUAGUGGCGCGUGUAUCGGUGGGGAUUUGUUUAAUGACCCAUCUGAUACGAGAGAAUUGUCACCUCUUGUCAAUCCAACAAUCGUGGAAGAAAAUGUUGUACUAUACGCCAACGAUCUGAGUAAAGUUUCUUUGGAUAAGUUAGAUGAUGUGAACAUUCCUGCUAUCAUUGCUGAUUGUGAAGAAGAUAUGAAUAUUUGCUUGACAAAUCGCGACGCGUCAUUCUGCUACAAUAUGGGCUGUUUCAUGGCCCCCUAUAUUACUAAGUUGGUAGAAAACGUAGACAGUGACUAUCUCGAAACAAUGCAAUGUACUAAUACAAUGAACAGUCUCUGUGAGGCCGAUUCAGGCAAAGAAUACCAAAGAUGCAGUCCCAGUUGCUCACCACAGAGAUGUGGCGAACAGGAAACUUCCCAGUUCUGCACUCAAACAUGUUCAAAUGAUGGCUGUUUUUGUCCUGCUGGUACGCUAAUGAGGGCAGACGGAAUAUGUGUAGGACCAGAUGAGUGUACUUGUGUAAAUGACGGCCAGAAAUACGAUAUUGGAAUGAUUAUGAACUCUGACAUACAAACCUGCGUUUGUAAAAGUGGUGGUAUCUUUGAUUGCAAAAAUGUUCCUGAUACACGUUGCAUCAUCUACGGUGGCCCAUUUUACCAGGUACUGACCUUCGACAAUCAGGAUAUAUCGUUUGAACAAAAUUCACAGUGCACCUACAAGAUGUUUAGCACAAGUAACAUCGACAGAAACAUAUAUGAAAAUGUGCACAAGCUGUACUUCAACAUUGAAGUCUCAGACAAUUGUGUCGGCGGAAUAUGCGACAAAGUUGUGUAUAUAGACGUGGAUGAUGUGGCAAACAAUAAAUAUAGGAAAUUUACGCUUAAACAUACACAAACCUGGACCGAUGUAAGCGUCGAUGGGGGUGAUACCAAUCUACCAUAUGGUGCCAACAAUGUUUGGAUUUAUAAAAACUCCGACAGGCAUUUGCGUUUCGCAGUGACUGAUCCAUCCACUAAUAAACAAAUACUCGAAGUAUUGUCAGAUGGAGAGAAAAUUACGAUGACAUUGGACGAGUCCUACAAACAACAGGUGGAAGGUCUUUGUGGCAAUUUCAAUAACAAUAUCAAAGAUGAUCUGAAAACACAAAUAGGUGAAACCGAAACCAAUUUCGCAAAACUUGCGGAUACAUGGGCGGGAGGAUGCAGUGGUGCAACCAACAUUCCUUCAAACCCAUGCUCUUCUCAAUAUGAUCACAAUAAGGCUAGCCAGUGUGACAAAAUAUCAACAGCCGAACUCAUGAUGACAUGCCAUGGCCAUAUAAACCCCAUCAGCUAUGUUGCCAAGUGUAAGCAGGACGUCUGUUCGCAUUCAGAAGAUCCAAGUAAAGAAAAAUCGUUACUAUGCAUGGCGUAUGCCACCUAUGCAUCCGAAUGUACCAGACACAAUGUUGACAUGGGCAAUUGGAGAGAGGCAUUGGGAUGCGAAAUGACUUGCAGUGAGGGUAUGGUCUAUAACUCCUGCCUUAGCAGCUGUGAUCUGACGUGCAGAAACGUUCAACCAACAAAUUGCCAAAAUACCAACCCAGGAUGUAUUGAGGGGUGUUGGUGUCAAGAAGGUGAAGUCUAUAAUGAUGAAAGUGGAAUGUGUAUACCAAAAUCUGAAUGCCCAUGCUACUUCAGGGACGUUCCGUAUGAUGAGGGGGCCGUCAGGCAGGAUGAAUGUAACCAAUGCACAUGUAAUGAGGGACAGUGGUCCUGUACAGACAUUGUGUGUACAGACGAAAACACAUGUGGGCCUAAUGAAUACUGGAAGAACUACACAUCAAUCUGUGAGAAAGAUAGGUCAUGUGGUACUUUACAUACCAUAUGUAACACACACGAUCAAAGCAUGUACGCCGCGUGUGUUUGCAAAACUGGUAUGGUGCGGUAUAAUGGUGAAUGUAUCAACACAGAUGAGUGUCCUUGUGUAUUUGAAGACACUACAUAUUCUGUAGGUCAAACGAGGGAACAUGGCUUGUUCCAGGAAUGCACAUGUACACAUGGUGGCCGUUGGGAAUGUGGCAGCCACGAAUGUCCCGAUGUCUGUUCCAUUUACGGAUUAUCUCAUUUCAAAACGUUUGAUGGACUGUCUUAUACUUUCGAGGGAGACUGUGACUACACACUACUCAAAUCAGGUGAUGUGGAGAUAGUGUUGUCUUCUUAUGCUUGCGGGACUGCAGGUGUAACGUGCACGAAUAGUAUCAUUAUCAACUAUAAAGGAGAGGAAAUGCUUCAUUUGAUCAGAGGAAUGGACCCAGUUGCCUCAGACUCGAGUGGUGCAAUAUUUACUUUAAGAGAACAGGGCAACUUCCUUAUUAUUAUGCUGCUAGAUUUUGAGAUUCACUAUGACAUCCACACCGGUGUCAAUCUGUAUGUUUACGCAAACAAAGGCAUAGUGACCACUGGUAUGUUUGGUUUGUGUGGUAACUACAAUAACGACUCAACAGAUGAGCUGACGAUGCAAAACAACGCAAUUGCGGACAACAUACAGACCUUUGCGCAUUCCUUAGCUAAAUCGGACUGUGCCUUGGAAGCGCCAGUUGAGGACCCUUGUGAAGGAAGUCCCAAAAAAUAUUGGGCUCAGGCAAUUUGUUCUGCAUUAGAUGCUGAUGAUGGUCCUUUUGCACCUUGCCAUUCAACGGUACCCAAAACACAAUUUGUCAUGGACUGCAUGUACGAUAGUUGUGGCUGCGAUAGGGGCGGUGAUUGCGAGUGUCCAUGUAACGUUGCAUCUGCAUAUGAAAAGGCCUGUCAAGAAAACGGAAUCACCAUUCAAUACAGAACAACAAUGUUUUGUCCUCAAAUGUGUCCCGGAGAUAUGACUUUCUUGGAUUGUGGGACUGGCGAGCCGACAUCAUGUCUUGAGUUGGCUCAACAGGACGUUCAGUACAAUGGCACACGAUGUUUGGAAGGAUGUUAUUGUGCCCCUGGAUAUGUACAGGAUUAUAAUGGAGAGUGCACUCUCGCCGAGGAAUGUCCAUGCAUUGAUGAAUAUGGUGUUGUAAAGGAGCCAUCUUCCACCUGGCACAGUGGCAACGAAUGUAACAUUUGUCAAUGUGUUCGUGGACGGAUAGCCUGCCAGGAGAUGGCAGACUGCGUCCCAACUGAGACGCCAACAACCACAUUUACAACGAUUCCACCAACAUUCAGCACAGGUUUCCCUCUUAUGACCACACGAGUAACAACUAACCAAGAUUCAACAACACAAACCUCAACAACAAUAGGAACAACGAGGACUACAUCAGCACCCACCUCAAGUCCAACAACAGCAGGGCCUACUAAUAUACCAAUGUGUCAAUAUAAUUCCACAUACAGCCUCGAGGUCAACACUGAAGUAGCAAAGGAAAACAAUCCAUGUGAAAUAAUACGAUGCGCAUCUAAUUUAACAUUAGUAGAAUACACAAAAACCUGCAAUGUUAUGUGUAAAGAGGGAGAGAAACUGACGUACAUUGAAGGAAGAUGCUGUGGAGUGUGUGAAACUGGAUAUGAGACAACUACUAUACAAACUGAAUCAACCACAAGCUUUCCUGGUACAACUAUACAACCAACUAUGACACCCGCAACAGAUACAACAACUAAACAGCCAGGUACAACAUCUGCACCAGGUA